AUGCAGUCCUGCUCGCUCGUCCUCCAUGAAAAACCCACUGUUCUGGAAUUCAUAGAGAAAAAAUCAGUGAAAUGUAUUGUUGGAACUUAUCAGCUGCAUGAUAAUAAUGAUUAUUCCGGUAGCAUAUAUAAAUUGCACGGGAACAAAGUGGAUAAGUUAGUCGCUUUACCUGGAGGAAUUUUUCGUUUUGCUAUACUACCUGAUGGACACAUUAUUUCUGCUUUAACAAACGGAUCAAUUGGUGUGGUCGAUAGUGAUUUGGAUACUGUGCAGAUUUUGCCAAUAACCAAAAAGACGAUUUUACUUUCGAUUGCAAUUUGUGGGAGUUUUGCACUCAGCUCAGAUGCUUAUGGGGCAGUGCAUAUUAUUAGUUUAGAAACGGGAAAUAUAUCUUCCUCCUUUUUGGGACAUAUAUCACCAUAUACCGAUAAGCCGUGUGAGGUUUGGACAACGGCAUGGCUCGAUAUCAAUUGUAUCCUAUCGGGUGGCGAAGAUAAUUUACUAAAACUAUGGGAUUUACGGUCAGAUACUAAACAGCCAAUUAAUGUUAACAAGACACAUAGAUGCGGCGUCAUUUCUCUUCAUAAGGAAAAUUCAGAAUACGUUGUCAGUGGUUCUUAUGAUGAUCACAUGAAUGGUAGUGCAUGGAGCAUACGUAUUGCAGAUGAAAAUUCCUAUAUUGUCUCUUGCAUGUACGGUGGUUGGACAAUAAUCAGAAAGGAGAAUUUUGAUAUUCUUCAGGAAAAUAAUAAACUAGGGGAAAAACUGUUAUACGAUGCGGAUUUCUCACCACAAGCUUCCCUUAUUGCUUCCUGCACUUUCAACAAUUACACCGUAAAUUUCGAAUCGGCAUAA